AUGCCUAAACCUCGCCCUCAGGCGCGGAAGACUACCAAAGCGAAAAAAAGUGAUACCCUAUCCCAAAGAACACUGACUGAUCUCUCGAUAUCCAUUGAAGAUGCUCCGAUUCUACUACAGCAGCUGGUUCUAGACAUAUUUGCCUCUAGGUUGGCAGCGAGGCCUGCUACCGAGCAUGAGACGACUCUUACUCUGAAGGAGCAGGUUCAAACCAUAAAGUCAUAUCUCUUCAAUAGAGACUUCAGCUCCGCCUUUACUGAUGCUAAUUCCGACAUGCUACGAGCUUACGCUCUCAGAUGGAGUGCUGGGAGAGCUCUCGCCUAUACUGGGAUUUUUGAGGCUGUUCUACGAUUGAGGUCGAGUGACAACCUCGCGUGGCCACCAGGGUUGGCGGGUUACCCCCCCGUCGGUGUAGAAGGUAUACGUAACAAGCAUAUACUCUGCAUAGGUGGCGGAGCAGGAGCAGAAGUAGUAGCACUGGCUGCUGCUAUACGAUGGGCAGUUGGUCUCGAUGACCCAGCGGGGUCGAGUCUGAAUCUCUCAGUCACAGCCCUAGAUGUGGCUGACUGGCAACCAGUGAUCGACGGGCUAUUGCAAGGGUGCACUUCGGAGUCACUCCAUAUAAAGAAUCCAGGUUUCCAGCUUCCCUUGCUGAAGCCUGGGGAUCUCGCUGUGUCGUUCCAAAAGGAGGAUGUUCUGGCGCUUUCGGAAGAGCAACUAUCACGUCUAGUAUCGCCACCUACGAAGGAAGUAACAAAUUUGUACGGGGGCGGAGGAGUAGAGCCACAGAGGCCCAAAACAGUCUUAAUAACGCUUAUGUUCACACUAAACGAGCUCUUCUCAACCUCCCUAUCUGACACAGUGGCGAUGCUUCUACGGUUAACCGACAUAACGAAACCUGGGGCUGUAUUGCUGGUCGUUGACAGCCCCGGGAGCUAUUCGACGCUAUCUCUUGGAUCCAAGGGAGCUCGAUCCCAGGGAGAAGCCAGCAGUGGAGACUCUGUCACUUCUAGCACUGAAGAGGAGAAGAGGCCAGAGAGGAAAUACCCGAUGCGUUUCCUGCUUGACCAUACUUUACUCACUACGGCCAUUGGGUGCUGGGAAUGUUUCAUAUCCGAAGAAUCGAGAUGGUUCAGGAGAGACCGCACAGGGUUGGUGUACAAUGUUGGAGAAAACAUUGGACUUGAGGAUAUGAGGUACCAGGUCCACGCUUAUCGGAGAACUGCGGCUCCGUAG